AAAGAAAUCAAAGCAACCCAAAAUCAAAAAAGAGGAACGAGAUGGAAACCCAUCCAAGCCCUGCAAGGAGAACCAGAAAGAGACCUCCACUUCUAUUGGAAAAACUUAAACCUGAAAAUAAAAACUUAA